AUGGCACAGUCCUUCUCAUCAAUCAAAUCACGCCACGUGGCAAUUAUCGGAGCUGGACCCUCCGGGUUAGUGGCGGCAAGAGAGCUUCGACGAGAAGGUCACUCUGUGGUCGUCUUCGAGAGGCAAAAUCAGGUCGGAGGAACUUGGAACUACACCGAUCAUGUCGAACCGGAUCCGUUAAGCGUUGACCCGACCCGACCCGUCGUCCACUCGAGCGUCUAUGGCUCUCUCCGAACUAACUUUCCUCGAGAGUGUAUGGGAUUCAGAGACUUCCCUUUCGUGGUCCGAUCCGGCGUUUCCGAAUCCAUAGAUCCCAGGAGGUUUCCGAGUCAUUAUGAAGUUUUGGCGUAUCUGCAAGAGUUCGCUAAGGAGUUUGGAAUCGAGGAGAUGAUACGGUUCGAGACGACGGUUGUGAGGGUUGCUCCGGCGGUGGAAACCGACGGCGAAGUAGGUAACGGGAAAUGGAGGGUUGAAUCGACAGAGAAAGAGAAGAAAGUUGGUCGUGAUGAGAUUUACGAUGCUCUUGUUGUCUGUAACGGACAUUACAUUGAACCUCGUCUCGCUCAAAUUCCUGGGAUAAGCUCUUGGCCAGGGAAGGAGAUGCAUAGCCAUAAUUAUCGUCUUCCCGAACCGUUUAAAGAUCAGGUUGUUGUGAUUAUUGGAAACUCUUCAAGUGCUGAUGAUAUAAGUAGGGACAUUCUUGGAGCUGCCAAGGAGAUUCAUCUGGCUUCUUGGUCAAAUGCAGCUGAUACUUUUAUCAAACUGACUGGUCACACUAACCUUUGGAUGCAUUCAAUGAUAGAGCGUGUCCAUGAGGAUGGUUCAGUGGUUUUUCAGAAUGGGAAAACGAUUUUGGCUGAUGUUAUUAUGCAUUGCACUGGGUAUAAGUAUCACUUUCCGUUUCUCGAUACUAAUGGAAGUGUUACCGUAGAUGAUAACCGUGUUGGACCAUUGUAUAAACACAUCUUCCCUCCAACAUUCGCACCGUGGCUCUCCUUCGUCGGGAUACCAUGGAAGGUUGUACCGUUCCCUAUGUCUGAGCUGCAAAGCAAGUGGAUUGCUGGUGUUAUGUCGGGUCGGAUCACACUUCCUUCAAAAGAAGAUAUGAUGUUGGAAAUCAAAACCUUAUAUGCCAUACUUGAAGCUCAAGGGAUUCCAAAGCGAUAUACUCACUAUUUGGGCACCGACCAAUUUGAGUACUAUGAUUGGUUGGCUUCACAAAAUGGGUGCUCAGGAACAGAGGAAUGGUGGAAAGAAAUGUGUUCGACGAGUUUCAUGAGGAAGAUAGAGCAUCCAGAGACAUAUAGAGAUGAAUGGGAAGAUCAUCACUUGAUUUCUCAAGCUUAUCAAGAUUUCUCUUUGUACGAAUAA